CAAUGUUUUUACACUGGCGACGGGGAGGGCUCUUACUUCUGUGUUUGGAGAAGCGGUCAGAGCGCGGCGGUGCCCUCCCGGCUGGCUGGCUGGCCUGUGUUGUGCAGGCGGCAAGAGCAGCGGCACCGGAGAGUUGUUGUCGAGGGGCGCGCGCAGCGUGUGUGUGUGUGUGUUUGUUUGUGUGUCGGCCUCCGUCUCCGAGCAGGAGCGGAGUCAGUCGGAGGGAAGUUUGGGGCUUGCCUCGGGGAUGACUCAGAAGCCAUAACGCUUGGGCAACGAUGAAGCGCUUUGCUUAGUCAAGUAACGCUGUACAUUUUUGAAAGAAAGUAAAUAAAGGGUGAGAACAAAAAUAAAGACCCAAUGGCAAAACAAUAUUCUGAUUUAAAUCCUGAAUGCGAUAGAGAAGGUGGACAAUUGCAGCCUGCUGAAAGGCCAGUUCAGCAUCUUCGGCCUGGGGCUCCCACCUCCUUACAAACUGAGUACCAAGGUAAUCAUUCGGGCGAGCGGGACAGUUCAUCACCUAGUAGUCCUCAGGGACCAUUGGCACCACCCUCCAGCCCCAGUCCGUUUGCUACCAGAUCCCCGUUGUUCAUGUUUGUAAGAAGAUCCCCACUGCUGUCCAGAUCCUCCAGUGGGUAUUUCUCUUUUGACACCGAUAGGAGUCCUGCACCAAUGAGUUGUGACAAGGCCACGCAGACUCCGAGUCCCCCGUGUCAAGCCUUCAAUCAUUAUCUAAGCGCAAUGGGUAAGCUAGACCAUGCUUCCAGGUGGCAGUCGCGGUCAAUCCCUGAAGAUAUGCGGCCAGAAAUAUGGAUUGCGCAAGAAUUGCGGCGCAUUGGAGAUGAAUUUAAUGCUUCCUACUGUCCAAGAAGGGGUUUCUUGGAUUACCAAGCAGUAAACCACCAGAUAAUAAUUUUGCGCCUGUUGCAUUACAUCGUUCGCCUCAUAUGGAGAAUGCAGUGACUAAUGCGUCAAGAGGCAACUGGGAUUGUUUACUCGUUUCCAGCAACAUCAACCUUUAACAGUGUCUCUGGUCUCUGGAUGCAGUCAACAGGCCCUUCCUGACCCAAAGAGACAUCGAGCAAACUACAAAGGAGCAGGAGGACUCCAUAUCGGGUGGUUUGCACCUUUUUUCUUUUUUUUGAGAAAAGCAAGUUUUUUAGAAAUGGAACUUCCCUAUUAGCAAAUCAUGAUGGAUUUUUGGAAAUGGACCACCUUUUUUAAGAAACGGGACUUCAUGUGAAAGUAGAGCUGACAUCAUUUUGCUGAACCUUUUUUAGAACCCUGCUAUAUAAAGCUUUCAAGAAAAUCAUUGAAUCAUGUUGUGUUCUUGUUUGGAAACGUGUUGGUUGCUCUUAUAACUUGCAACAGAAUUGUCUGAGCCAGCUACUUCAUAAAGCUGUCUUAGUUUUUUUAUAUUACAGUCUUACUGUACAAAAUAUUCCCAAGCAGUGAGAAGCCAGACUCUGAUCUUCUGUGCUACCUAAAAUUUAGCUGCCCUUGUACAUCUUACACACAGAAGUUUGCAAAAAAAUAUACAUCCAUCUGCUAUUUAAGCACCAUUUUUGAUCUUCCGUUGGGUGAAGUUUUUGCCUCUUGCAGCCCAGAGGGAGAACUCUUGAAUUUGUUUUGAAAGUUGAGAUUAAACUGUGAAAGUUUUAAUGCUCCAAAUAAUGACA